CUUCGAAUGGGGGUGAGUCCGUCGGUGUUGCAAGCAGCAGAGCAGACGUACGCGUCUUAUACAGCGGAUCUCUCGGUCGCUGAAGUUGUAUAUGCUGAGGAAGUAGCGUUGGCAUUGGCGAUGUACCAAUACGAGGCUCAAGAGGAAGUGCGACGGAUCGCGCGGAGCUACGCCUCGUUGAGCGAUUAUGACACGCAGGAGAUAUGCCGGGUUGCGGGCUUCAGGAGUACCGGUGAAUUCGCUAUACGCAUCGCGAAGGGAAUACACCAAAAUAUGGAGUUCCUUAGGCAAAUCUUGCCAAUGCUGCAUGAGCCUGCGCAGAAGGUCAACACACCGCUCCACUACAGAGUACGACUGCUGUUGUCUGAGUUAACAAGAGAUUGGGCUGCUGAGGGUGAGGAGGAGAGGGAGCAAAGUUAUGCCCCCUUGGUUAAGGAAUUACCUAGUGAGCGGUGCCGUGUUUUGGUACCGGGAUGUGGCACUGGUAGAUUAAUGUACGAUGUGGCUGUACUCGGUCACGAUGUAGAAGCGAAUGAUUUCGACGUCAUGAAGCUCGCGGCUGCUAAUGCUGUGGUCAGCGGGUCUGGUCCGAUAGUUAUUGAGCCGUAUUGUUUGGAUACUUGCAACAGGAUGAAGAGAGAUGACCACAUUAGAACGGUCACUCUGCCGGAUUGUGAGAUCGACAAGAAUGCUCUCAGUCGAGUAAGCGUCAAUGGUUUCGAGUUCACAGAGGCAUAUGGCUCGGCAGAGAAGCAUGAGGCCUUUGAUAUUGUUCUGACGGCAGCCUUCGUGGACACUGCACCGAACGUGUUUGCGUACAUCAAGACCAUCGCGAAUGUGUUGAAGCCUGGUGGGAGGUGGGUUAACACGGGUCCAUUGGGAUGGCUGUACGAUGGAGACCGGUUCAAUGCGGGUCGCGAUGGUAAAUUCCUACGACGAUUAGAGUUGUCGUAUGAGGAGCUGAUGAGCGCGAUUUCUGCUAAGUGGUUUGACAUAGAGGUCAAGGAGCUCGUGCCGGGCUGUCGAUACUGUGCAGAUCAGAAAACCAUGUUGGACACCGAUUUGACUUUUGUCAACUUUGUGGCGAUACGCAAUAGCACCCCGGUUGAGUACGAAUAAUGAGGAGCGUUUCUA